AUGGACUCCAGCUACCUCUCCAAGCAGGUCAACAGCAGCAUUGACCAGCUGCAUGGUAUCUUUGACGAAAUCGGCGUGCCAGACCAUGAGCGCGAGGCUCGAGAGGCAGAGCUGUUCCAAGCUCUGUCGGAGGCACUCAACAACCACCUGCGCACGGUGACAAAGGAGAAAAAGGACAUGAUUGACGAAGCCAAAAAGACCGUCACGGCGAUUCGACAGAUGGAAGCUUCGAUGGACGACUCUAGGCCCCGACGGAAAAACUCGACGGGCGACGACUUGAAGCUUUCGUAUCCUCUGAUACCCUGCCUGCAAAGGCUCAAGGAGAAGCAUGGGCAGGUGCAGAAGCAGCAUAAAGAGCGAUUUGAACAAGUCAAGAAGCUCGUUGAAGCCCUCGAAUCAUACUCAUCACACCUAGAGCCUUCCUUCGUCAAGAUUGCUCUCCCACCUACCGGUCCCAACCAGUCUGUCCCACUGACAUUCGAUCUGUCACCAUCAUACGUAGCCCGCCUUGACGCAGAGUUCACGCGAGUGUAUGAAGAGUAUACUCGCCGGCUCACGACGGUGGAAACACUAGGUGACGACAUCAUCCAGCUGUGGGCCGAGCUUGGCGUUCCCCAAGCUCAGCAAGAUACCGCCAUCAUCAAAUAUUACCGCGAAGCUCCUGAGCAACUUGGCCUUCACCAGGAAGACAUCCAGCGUCUGCAAGAGAAGCAUGAUAAACUAUUGGACGAGAAGAAGAGUCGCGAAAAGAAGCUACGCGAACUCAAGGCUACAGUUGAAAACCUCUGGGAGAAGCUUGGUAUUGACGAGGAGGAGACCAAGGCUUUCCUUAACGAGAACAGAGGCUGCGGCAUUCGCCAGAUCAACGAGUUUGAAGACGAGCUGGAGCGAUUAAACGUGGUAAAGCGACAGAACAUGCACAUCUUCAUUGAGGACGCGCGCGUCAAGCUUCAAGAACUCUGGGAUGCCCUGUACUUUUCGGACGAUGACAUGCUCGAGUUUACUCCUGCCUUUUCAGAUGUCUACAGUGAUGCGCUACUGGAGGCUCAUGAGCGCGAGAUUGCUCGCUUGGAGACACUCAAGGAGCAACGUGCACCGAUCCUCGACCUUGUUGCUAAGCAUAAGGCUCUGAUUAAGGACCGAGACGAACUUGUCGCAGCAAGCCAGGAUGCCUCUCGACUCAUGUUACGCGGCCAGAAGGGCGAGAAGCGCGAUCCCGGAAAGCUGCUGCGCGAAGAAAAGAUGCGCAAGCGUAUUGCCAAAGAGCUACCCAAGGUGACGGCCGACGUUCGCAAAGCACUUGAGCAGUGGGAAGACGAGUACGAUAGACCGUACUUGGUCUUUGGCGAGCGAUACCUCGACGAGUUGGAUACCGAAGACUCAAAGAAGCCUGCUCCAACUCGAUCCAGGACUCCGGCAGGUCCUCCUCCAUCGGCUACCAAAGCCCUAAUGAAGUCAGUAUCAUCUUCGGCAAUCAGGCCUUCCACUACCACCAAGGCCUCCCAGCCUCCUCGUUCCAUGACAAAAACUCCUACGGCCAGCGUAUACAACCUGAGCAACAAGUCUCAACCCAUGUUUUCACAAUCCACCGCAGUGCCUAGCAGCCCUACGAGACAGCCAAGCACAAGAGCUCCUCUGUCUAAGAUGAAGGAUGGCAGCAACUCACCAGAACGGCCUAGAGCACAAUUUCAGAAGAGCAUGGAGGCUUUGCGUAAGGGCGGCUCCGUCAGGCUUCCCCCGCCCAAGAUGCGCGAACUGAGAUCCGUCGCAUCGCUGGAAUCACCAUUCAAGCCUUAUAAAUCGACGGGGUCAAACACCAGCGUUGUCCGUGCGGUCGAGCCUGAGGACACCUAUGAUGAGAGGCCACAGUCCCGGAUGAGCCGUGAGUCGAGCAUGUCGCACAGUCGCCAGCACAGCUACUUUGGUGAUGAAGAUGAGGGUAGCCGCUAUUCCUCAAUCCGAGAGGUCCCGCGGUAUCCUCAAACAGCCCAAAGCAGGUUCACCUCCAGCACAUCGACCACCUCGACGGUUGUUACCGGCUCUGAAAACUGGGAGACAUACGACGACUAUAGCGAGGAAGAGCCAGACAUGUCGGACUCAUACUACGCCAAGCUUCGGGCCUCUCGCGGCAAGCGGAUGGAGCCCGAGCAGGGCCACCGACCAGUUAGCAGCAUGGCGAAGCGUACACGGGGAGUUCCUGCAGCUUACGCACCGCCUGUGAUGAUUGAUCAAGAUGGCAACCGAGUCACUUCAGGAGGUGGUGAAUGGACAGAGACAGACGACGAUGGCUUUCCUUGA